GGGGAUGUGAGAGACACACAUGAUAGGUAAAGGGACCCUCCUCCCAUUAUAAUGGCAUGUAAGACGAAAGAGGAAGGGCUCCUCCAUCUCUCCCCUAUCCACUUCGGCCAUACCACCCAAAAAGGAGAGGGGAAGUCUCCAACAUCUCAUCUCCAUGUCCAAGAACCGAGCUCAAGGUUAGAGGUGGCUCAAGGAAGAAGAAAAGCUAGUAUAAGUGACGAAAAACUUGGGAAAAUCGAGGAAUUUUACCAAGGUAUUAUAGACUUCUCAAAGAAUUUAGGAGUCGCUGGAAAAGACGCCGGAGCCACCAGAGUUUUCGUCGGAAAAUUCCAAAAGUCGUCGGAGGUUGAAGCUAGAGCUUACUUCCUGCACCCGUUGUUUGGGAGAUCGAUGGAGAGAAGACGUCGUUCGUGCUUCCUCCGAUUCAACUUCUAAACAAAUAAAUAUUGUUCAUGGAACUAUUUUUGACUUAUAAAUUAAUGGAGCCUGCGAGCUAUAGUUUUACCCUUGUGUGGGUUCUUAUUAAACACUUAUAUUCCACUAUGUGUUUAAUUGUAUGUUGAUGUUGUUAUGUAUGUUUACUAAUCGGUUUUGGCAUAUGUAUCUAUCGGAUGUCUUGUGCAAUUUAGUAAGGAUGAAUUGCGAUUAUUCUUAUUGGGUUGUACGACGGUUGUCUACGUGGCACAGACGCGGUCUGGGGCAUGACAAUUAAGUGGUAUCAGAGCCAUACGGUUACUAAACUAUAUAGUCAACCUCUCAACAAAGUUUCUGUCAAAAGAAUCUUUCAAUGAAAAUCCAUGAGCAUAAAUUUUGUACUUUAAGAGCAUUUGGUUAUCGAGUUCCAGGGUCUCUGGUUGUUAAUAUUGACCCCUUAACAAUUGGUAUGGCAAUGACUUGAGCCAAGUUGUGUCUUGAGUACGUUUCUCUCAAUUGACAUUCAAACGAGUCCAAAGACUCAUUCCAAUAUAUUCUUUCAGGAAUGAGUGGUAGCGAUAGGGCGGUUUGAGGUAAACCGAGAGGGCACACACCGGGAAUAGUCGGGAAAGCCAAUCGGGGAAUAUCAAGGUCACCUAAAAGGUAAGGUAGGGGCCAUCAAGGCCAACAAACACGAGCUUCCAUGGCUGAUCGCAUGAUGACUGGAUUCGAGUCGUGGAACUCGGAGGAUGACUAAACUUAUCACCCUUAAAAUGAGUCAGAUGAAACUUCUUUUGAAGAAAACGAUGGGGCGGAUAUACGUAGUAUUCCUCCUGACCAGAUUAGUGAGAUGUACUGAUGGUACCAACGUGAAAGGGAAAGACAACGACAAAGAUCCCAGGUGGGACAUGUCACACAUGAGACCUCUCACAGUAGGGGUCGGGGUGCUCAUAGAGCACAUGUUAGGACUGUCAAAGAUUCUGAUGGUGAAGAACCAUUCAUUAAGAUCUAAAAGUACCUCAAAGAGGCUAGGGUCUUGGGGUGCAAACCGUUUGAUGGGACGGGGGAUAUCUCGAAAGCAGCCGCGUGGAUAAAAAGGUUAAAUGAUGCAGCCGAUGACAUGCAAGUGGUUCCUGAUCGGAAGUUAAUGGUAGCCACUAGAUUGUUGGAAGGUUUAGCUUCUACUUGGUGGGAAGGCAUCAAGGGUAAGUUUGACAGGGUUGUCGCGUGGGACAACUUCGAGCAAUCAUUCUAUGAACAUUUUUAUACCUCUUUCGAAGUAAAUCGAAAGAGGAGGGAAUAUACCAAUCUCAAACAGGCAAAUGAGUUUACGGUGAAGCAAUUGGAACAAAGGUUCCGGCAUUUGACAAGGUUCUUGUCUGAAUAUGCCGUCAAUGAGGAUCGAAUGGCGAACCAUUUUUGGAACGCACUAAAUUUCGAGGUACGCGAAAGGGCGACCUAUCAAUUCAACAUGACAUUCAGUCAGGUAGUAGCCCAGGGUCUCCAGAGGGAGGAGCUUUGGGGGAAAGGCAAGCAAGGGGUGCUAAGGAAGCACAAGAAAGGGAUCAGGUGGUCAAUCAUCCUCCACGACGAGAGAGAAAGUAUGACUUUCAAAGCAAGGGGGACUCUAACAAGUCAGCUGCGUGUUUAAGUGAGAGCCAGGACUGGGUAAGUCAAAGCUCAAGCACUCAGGCCACGGGAGCAUCCAAAUGUGAGAAUUGUAGGCGGAAGCACUACGGGAUAUGUCUAGAACCAUCUAGAUGCUACUUUUGUGGGGAAACGGGUCACAUAAAGACUCUUUGUCCUCAACAUGUACGAGGAGGAGAAUUGGGGGCCCACAGAGGAGUCACGGACAUUGCAAACCCAACAGGGGUUGCUUCAAACAUUUUAUCAUCCACCAAUCGGUGGAGAACUCGCUCGUGAAGGCGAUAAAUGACAGAGGCCAUUUCAGGGAACACCUAUGGCAUAAGGUAUUUUUAUUUGAAACUUAAAAUUUCAUAAAUAUUUUUAUGUUCGAAAUUGUUAGCUUCAGAUAAUGAAGAGAGAAAAAAAAGUUUCUCAACUUUCACACGUUAAUUUCGGGGACAAAAUUCCCGUAAGGGGGGUGAACUUGUAACACCGGAUCCGAAUUUUACCCAGAGAUUUUUUUUUUCAUCAAGUACAUGAUUAAAGAAGGUAAAUCAAGACUAGAGUUGCC